AUGCGACGUUCGUGGAGCAAGCGUGUCAGCAAGUACAGUGUAAAGGACGGGAAACAGCGAAAGCUUCAAGCUGCGAUGGACGCCGACGUCGCGCGCGCUCACGUCGAAGUUGAGGUUGAUUUGGUGUUGAAUAGGGGAGGUGAUGAUGGUCUCCAAUGCGCGCACGGCCUAGGCCCCGUCAGCGUGUGGAGAAACAGACAAUACUUUGAAGAGCAAAGAGCACGCGGUCUAGUACACGGGCAGCGUGGCUUAGCACGCAAGGGUGGCGUCGUCUGUGGCGUCGGCUCGCCUUGGAAGCGCAGGUCAUCCCAUGCGAUGUCAAUCGCAUCUGCACGUGUCGCGCAGUCGACUGCACGCAACGCGGAUGCGAGCACGGCCGAUGAACGUGCCACGAUGUACGGGCGCAACACGGGCAGUCUUGUGGCGUGGCGGGAUGCACGCAGAUCAGAGAUCGAGGGUUGCGUCCUCAGAGGCGGCAUUGCGGCAGGACGCCCGGGAGACACGGCGAGGAGGCCGGCGAAGACGGCGGCAGACUCGGAUGCGAGGACGGCGCAAUCGUGGGCGAGGGCCGUGACUAUUGACGGACGCGCCAAACGCGACACCGAGAGUGUCCAGCAGUGGGAGAUGUGCCUCGGCCACGCCUCAUGUCCCAUCACGCACAAUCGCCGCACCCGCCGGCCCAUUUCCGAGGGACACAAGGACAAGGCUCGCGAGAACAUGUCGCCGUGGACCGUGACGGUCUCGUCCCCCCACCACCGCGCAGAGACUGUCUGCGUUGAGUGA